AUGGCCCCGACAGCAAGAAAUAGCAGAUCAUCCUCCUUUUCAGAUGCAGAAGGAUCUCACGCAGUGCAAGCGUCUUUAGCUGCUUCGCGGACUUCAAUCGCUAACGGUGUCCGUAUGUCGUUACUUCCCCGAGCGAACACUCAUCCAUCACCGUCAACAACACUACCUCCUUCCAUCCAAGCACCUCAAGCUCAACCUGGGCCACGUCCGGCCAGUCCUCCGGCGGGAACCCAAGGCUCAGAAUCCACUAGCGAAAGACCACGCAACGUUCUGCGUCGCAGAGCACCGACAAUUGGUCGGCAGAACGAGAUCCAGGGGUUCAAGGCAACAUCCGCGAAACCAGAGAAGCUGAGUGUAAUCAUUCCAAGCAGUGCUCCCCCCGAUCAUGUUGCGCAUCCUGCUUCCCAGUCGUCAUCGGACCAAGCGAUACCAGCGAGACACAAGCCGUCGCCGAGUUCCUCGCACUCAAAGACUGCAAGAAAAGCAAGGGCGCAACCGGUGGAACAAGGGCCCAGUGAAUUCGCUAGUCUACGAACUACAGUCAACACCCAAAAUCUACCUCCUCCAACCCCGAUCUUUGCAUCGGCUAGCAGCCCCUCGACAAGAUACUCUGGUUCUCCCGGGAUAUGGAGUAGGACUUCUACUCCCACCUCACUGUCCUCAUAUUCCCCUGGGAUUAUUCAUUCCGCGAAGGUCGGUCCUCGCUUCAGGCACCCGAGCCCUUCUGAGUCUAGACUCCCCGUCUUCUCACCUACAAUGCAGAAGUCCGACUCACAGGAUGAUCCAUUGAGUUCAGCUGGCGACGGGUUUCCAGGCAUGGCCGCUGGAGCAGGGCUAAGCGCAUUGUCAACGAAGAAUCAUUACGACAACCCUCUGAAAAAGAAUGGUUCUGCAAAACCAGCUACGCCGACUGGCAAUCAACUGCCGCUCAAAAAAUCGACAAAAUCCAGCCUUCCGAGAAUGACCAAAGCGAAUGUUGCGGAAUAUUCGGAGACAUUCGACGAGCAAAGAAGUUGUGCCGCUCCGGAUCACGGGAAUCUCAAAGCAUCGGCGUCGAAAGGCGAGGUCAGUGGUUCAGGGCAUGUACCUUCAAGACCCAGUAGAGAGGGUACUCACCGGUUAGAGCUUGAGCCGUCACCUGUGAUCCGUAGUAACCUCCUUCCGGGCGCUGUGGCGAGUCAUAGGCGACGUGGAUCCGGGGCCAGCUCCAUCACGUUGGGAAGGAGUCAUUUGGUCUCAAACCCCUCUGCAACCACCUCAGUUGACUCGUUGCAGUCAAGGACUUCUUCCCGGCGACCCUCACUCAUACCUAGCUCACUAGAGUCAAUGCGGAAAUCGCCGCGAACUCUGAUAAAAGAGCCGAAAACGAAGCAGGAUGCGACGAGCCCCGCAAAAUCGCGGCGGUAUGGUCUCUUUUCAAAGAAGUCAAAAUCUGAAAUGGAUGUACAGAAACUCGAGGAUCGACACACUCGCAAGGGUCCAGCAGCUGGGACAGGCCAUGAGGGUUAUGGAAGGUAUGCACAGCGUGGUCGAAAGGCAACUGUCAGCAGCAACAGUGAUACGAGAGCAAGGUCAACGAGCACCAACCGCAGCGCACCGAGAUCGGUUUCGAGCAGCAAGACAAGCAUCAGAGGUCGACCGGAUCUGGAUCUUGAUGAUUUCCUGCUGGAUCGCUUGGAGCCUGUCAUCAUUACUGGUGGAGGCAUGGACGGUGCCUCUUUGACUAAUACACAGAGUGGGAAGAGUACGAGCGGUCUCAGCAUCGAAUCUGCUCAAGAUCUAGUCAAGUAUUCAGGUUCGAGCUCGGCUGGUUACUCAUCGGAGUCGUUGCCCGCUUCGGCAGCCGAGAACGAACAACGCAAUCCCUAUCUGAGCAAUUCAACUCGUGCUACAUUGCAGGUGCCUAAUCAAGCUGUUGCAAGCUCCAGCAAACUAGACCAUGCUGAGACGAACAAUGUUGGAUCUAGACAGCCGUUGCGUCGGCCCUCGAACAAUCCUGAUGGGACUUCGCUUUCAUUGAGCAGCGGAGGGUCACGCGAAAGUGGGACUGCAAUUGAGCAGCCUAAAACACCGCAGAAAAAGACCAAAGGACUUAAGUGGAGUUUCUUCCAGAGACAUGGAAACGUGCAAAAGGAGAAGAAACCAAUUCGUGGGACGCUUGAAUCUUCCCACGCCCCUCAGCUCCAUGCUGCGGUUUCCCCAAUCUUAGUGUCCCGGCCUGUCGCACACUAUGCCUUGGUGGAUACCGACUCCGACCCUCUGGAAGACAUCAUCAGCCAUGUUGAGGAAUCGCCUCCGACGGAAAUUGAGGAUUUGGACUCACGAGUGGAAAUUCCGGUGGCCUUGAAUAUCAGGAAGCCAAGCCAAUCUAUCCUGCUUCCUUCGCCUCCGAAGCUUCAAGGCGAGUUCUGUCGAGAUCGCCCGGCUUCACCAAAAGUCUAUUUUAACAAGGAUCCUUUACUUCCUAACUCUAAGACAAGCACAUCUAAUGGACGCCCACGACGGUUGGCAUCGGUCGGCCGUAUCCCUGAAGUGAUUUCGAGGCGUGAUCGGCAACACAAACCAGCACUUCGAUCGUUCUCGAGGCCCUUUAGCAUGGCAGAUUCUCCGUCCAUAGCUGCUCCGGCGACGGAGAAUCUAUUCGACUUGCAAACUCCAAGUCAGUCCACGGUCACAGCUCAAUCCAUUGAGGUCCCUCGUCGUCCGUUGGGUCUAGGAUUCGACCUCACUCGUCCCUUUGGCGAUCCUGAGUUAGCGAGUGCUCUUAAUCUUAUCGCGGGUCCUUACUCCAAAGACGAAUUCUUAACGUUCUCGCCGAGGAAAGAUUCGGGUUUUUCGACGUCAAGCGGUUCUGAAGCUUUGGCUGCUGUCACUGCUGUGAUUCCGACGCCGGGUUCAGACCCCACGGAGGACGAGGUCUGGGCCGAGUAUGACGAUCUCAUUGACCACGUUCUUUCACCGGAGAUUCCAGAAUGUGCUUUGCCUGGGGAGUCCACCGAGGAUGAAAAGUUGGGAAUGGCCACCAUGGCCAGCAAGGCGCUUCAAGCCGAGAUCAACGCGAAUGCCAAUAGACACUCGCCAGUUGUUCUCGUCGACAAUGCCAUCGUGGCUCUGACUCCUUCAUCACCUCAACCAAGUGAUAGCUCGUUUCGUUUGCGGCGUUCCGCAAUCGUGUCGGCCCUCCACUCUUCCAUUGCCCCUUCUUCCCAACCUUCUUUCAGUGACAUCAUCGGUAGCUACUGUUAUGAUCAAGAUGAAAAGCAAGCAAGCAAUGAGAAGGUAGAUGACAAGUCAACCUCACUUGCACCUGUUGAGCAACAAGCAGCCUUCCUCAGCUCGUCUUCCCUGGACCUAUCUGAGACGUUCGAGACUUGCCGGCAACGAAAUACCGUUCUGUUUGACAUUGCCGAGCGCGACAGAGAGGGACCAACAGUACAGACAAACAUACGCUCAGGAUCUCUCAUGACAAGCCGUUGGCUGUCGUUUGGAAGGGUACUCUUUAGUCCUGCGCAUAAUCAUGUCAAAAGCGGGGAGCAAGAGCGAAUUCUCAUCAUCGAUGGCCUGGGAAACGACGACUGGUCAUUUUAUUGCGCCCUCACCUAUCCAAAUGCCGACAUCUACUGCCUGACCGAUGGUCCCGCAAAGACCACAUCAAAGCAUCCAGCUGCUUGGCAACCGCCAGCGAACCAUCAUACGGUUCACCAGGCCAGCUUGGAGCAACCCUUCCCUUUUGCAAAGAGCUUUUUCACGGUCACUGUCUUGCGAUUUCCAUCUGCAUGUUCCGAAAGUGUCCAGAACAACAUUGUGUCGGAAUGCAAGCGCGUGCUUCGACCUGGGGGUUAUAUGGAGAUGAGUGUGCUCGACCUAGACAUGGUGAACAUGGGGAUUCGGACCCGCAAAGCCGUGAGGAUGCUCAAGGAGAAGACAUACCUGUCUGACGCCUAUAUCAGUCUGAAGCCUGCGAGUGACAGCCUACAGAAGCUGUUGGGACUACAAGGGUUCGAUGGUUUGCGGCGCUGCAUGGUGCGGAUUCCGGUGACGGGGGUGAUUGUCAGAUCUUCCGCCUCAUCUUCCUCCACUUCAUCUUCCAAUCCCUCCACAUCUGCUCCCACCGGUACGCCAUCUACUGCAUUUUCAGCUCUGACAAGUUCCUCGACGAGCACGCAACAACCGAAAGUACAUGGCAAAUCGCCAUCCAACGACACCGACUUGUCUCUUGGAGACCUACUCUCAGAUCCCUCUCCCUCUCCCUCUAACGAUGAGUCGAUACGGAAGAUUGUCGCUAAAGUUGGGCGCUGGUGGUACACGAGAUGUUAUGAGAUCCCAGUUCUGCCGAACGGGGAUGCCGCGUCCAGUAUCUGGGCCGAUAAGCGUGUUCUCCGCGAGUGUCAGAAACGAUGCACAGGAUUCCGGCUGUUGAUUGUAUACGCACAAAAACCCAGUGAGGUGAAACGGCGGACUGCGAGUGUUUGA